AUGACAACAACUAUGCCCGACGACUUCGGACUUGUUCACACAGACCUUGUUGAGGCUCGUCUGCAUCGUCUGCGACUGGAGGAGGCGAUAAUUCUCGAGGCGAAAUGGCGUGACGAGAUGGAGCGAACUCGCGGCCCCGUUGACCAUUGCUCCCAGUUUCUGAAUGAUGCCGUUUGUCUUUCUAGACAGCUCGACAACAGCUCUUUUCUUCUGAGUCGGUAUUCUCACUCAGAAGCCGAUGCUAAAUGUAAGGCCGGUUUUCGCCUGAGCGAUUAUAUCACAUUGUCUGGUGCGAUUGUCGAUUAA